AUGACCAAUUUCGCUAUCGCGAUAACAUCCGACUCGGUCUGCCCGUGGUGUUAUGUCGGCAAAAAGAAGCUCGAGCAAGGGAUCGCACUCUACCAAAGCAAGUACCCAAACAGCACAGACACAUUUACCACCACAUGGCUCCCCUAUCAGCUGAAUCCACAGAGCCCUAGCUCCGGGGUAGACAAGCGCCAGUACCUUUCAACCAUCUAUGGACCUGAAAGAAUCCCGGCAGUUGAAGUACGCCUCGCGCAAAUAGGCCAAUCUGUUGGCAUUCCCUUCAAAUUUGGCGGCAAAACUGGCAAUACCAGAGACUCACACCGACUGAUCCAUAUGGCCAAAGAAAAGGCGGGCACGAACGUCCAGAAUAGGGUCGUCGAUGAGCUGAAUAGAUCAUACUUCGAGAAUGAGGGUGACAUCACUGAUCCAAAUGUCCUGACACACGCAGCAAUCAAAGCUGGGCUGGAUGAGAUGGAUGUGCAGCAGUGGCUGCAAACUGGAGCUGGCGGACGCGAGGUCGAUGAUGAGGUUGCAGAGGCGCGGAGGCGCGGCAUCACCGGAGUCCCUCAUUUCGUGCUGCAGGACAAGUACGAGAUUAGUGGGGCAAGGGAGCCAGAGGCCUUCCUUGGCGCUUUCGAGAGAAUCAGGGAGAUGGAGUCAAAGUGA